AUGUACUCCUACGUGAAGGAGAGUGGUGGAGGCGGAAUGACCGCAAAAGGUGUGAAAAAGUACGUAAUCAGAAACAAACUCACUCACGAAAACUUUAAGAACGUAAUCAAGACCAAAGGUAGGAUGAGACAUAAGAUGAAUACAAUCCGAAGCAUCAAACAUAAAAUCGGAACUUACCAGCUAAAGAAAAUCACACUCAGCUGUUUCGAUGAUAAACGGUACUUACUUGAAGAUGGUGUUUCAAGUUACGCGUACGGGCACCACUCAAUAGGAGAAAUGAAGGCCGAGGUGGUGAUUGAAGAAAAAGUGGAACCAAGAUGUGUACUAGAAAGGGUUGAAACUCAGAGUGAAUACUGCAGACUCGAGGAAGCAGUAGAACUCUACGAAGGCCCUCCCUGGGAAAAUCUAGAACCAAAAGAAGAGAAACAUAUUCCCAGACCAGAAUACAAAGUAGUGAUUCCACUGAAGAGAUUUAAGUUCAAGAAACCAACACCAUUGAGGGUAGUCGUAACAGAUGAGAAUCAUCUAAGGAAAAACUACGACAUAUUACCAAAAGAUGAAAAGAAAUAUUUAAGAAUGGUGUUGGGAGAGAAAGCGAAGUCACUGGGUGUUCAGGCAAUCAGAACCCCUGGAAGUAAUAAGUUGAUUGCAAUUGGAUUUUGAGUAAAUUGUUAAAUAGAAAUUUAGAGAUUGGAUGAAAGUCGACUGGAAAUAUUCAACGUUGAAGAUGGGGGGAAAAAGUGGUCUAGAAAAAUUUGGCGGGAAUACUGCAGGAUUCUUGUUGAUUUAAGACGAAAAUAAAAAAGUGAUGAUAGAGCCUAGAUCAGUUAGUGGUCUAGAACCCUCAUUCCCUAUACUACUUAAAUGUCUAACUUCCUUUCAAUCACAAUUUUUGAUGAACAGAAUACCAUGUAUUAGGUUUUUAGAUAACCAAGAAACAAAAAUUCAUUAAACAUGUCAAAAAGUGUGUGUGUGGGGGGGGGGGGAGCAGGGGAUAAUUAGAUGUUCGUCCUCCCACUCCAAACACUGGGGGGGGGGUACACGUCCCCCAUCCCCCCCCCCAGGAUUGACGUCCAUGAUUACAAGAUGCCAUUUGGAUAACCCUUGAUGAAAGUCACCAGUGUUUUCAUCAAAUAUCUUAUUAAUACAGGUACUAAUUAUUACUUGAAUAGAAUUCCUAAUUACUUUAUGCUUGGUUAAGAAUUCUAUUCAAACCAGCAAACGAAAACAUUCUGUUAGUACAUCUCGAUUUAUUUGAGAAGCCAUAUAAACAACUCGAGCUCUCUCUCCUCCGCAGAGGCUUUAGUUUUCUUAGGAUUUAAUAUUACGAUGAGAAACACUUCACUACACUUUACAUGGCGGAUCUUGGAACACGAGCGUAGCCGCUGGGAGAAGGAGCGCAGGCGGCAAAGGGAAAGGCGAAGGAAGGCGCGAAGUAGGGAUGGGCGAUACCAGCUUUUUCAUUCGAUACGAUAUUUGCUCGAUAUUUGCCGGGUUUUUUUCGAUAUCGAUACCGAUAUCGAUAUUUUCCCAACUUGAAAUCAUUAACAACGGCCACAACGCUAACAAUAUAAACAUUGAAUAAUAUAUGUCAGUGAUUGCAACCAACAUAACCAGAAACUCCCAUCCUUCCCGUGGACCAUUAUAGCACUAUAGAAAAUGAACUAUUUACGCCUAUUUAGGCUUUUUGGUAUCAUUUUCAUGAUGAUGCCGCUGACCAAAAUGAAAAAUAUCGCGGGCGCAGAAAUAUCGAAACAUCGAUAUUUCUUGCCAGUAUCGAUACUUUUCUUCAAAACCCUGGUAUCGAUGGCAUCGAGUAUUUGGUAUCGAUAUCGGCCCAUCCCUAGCGCGAAGCCUCUGCACGAUUUGCAUCGCAAAGUGGGACAAAGUGGGACAAAGUGUAAACAUCGAAACAAAAGGUGAUUUUUAAGUUAAACAAGAAACGUCUUUUUGAAAAUUAAAUUAUUAUUUAAUGGCAUGAUUGAUUGACCUCAUUGACUGGUGCUUGCAUGUUUGUGGAUGGUCAAAAGUAAUAUUUUUUAACAUUUAGUACACAAAGCAAACAAUCGUAUAUUUUACUCAUCGCUUGGCCAAACAUUCUGUAUUUCGUAUCGAGAACAAACUUGAAUAUUUAUUGAACUCUUCGGAAUUCGCCACCAGCCAAAGAAGUAAAAUACUCCUUGUAUUCAAGCGCUUUCGUGUAGAAAAUUUCUUUUGAAAACGGCCAGUAGAAAUAUUUAUUUUUAAUUUUUCAAAAUAUCGGGUUUUUACUCGCACAGUCGCACGCGCCUGUCACACGCUGAUGUUCGGGAAUUAGUUCACAAUCAGACCAGGAAUGGAAAUACCAUAAUAAAAGAUGUUUUCAAGAUACAAGCUCAAAAAUAACACUCUAAGUAGUGUUUUGAAUUCGCUUUCGAACAAGAGUAAUAAUACAAAGAGGAUGCGUCCCAAGGAGCCGAAGUUAUGUUCGCCGAAAGGUAUGUCUAGUUUAUAUUUAUCAAGGGUAAACAUUGCGUGAUUUGAUAUUAAUAUACAAAAUCCCGCUUGACGUUCAUAGGUCAUAAAUCGCUAUAGUGUUGACAUUUCACUAAAACUAUCGAUAGAAACUAGGAGAUAUUUUUGUACUGAAUCGAACGGUGGUAUUUUCAUCUACAUGGCGUAUAUUGAACCAAAGAUACGAACCUCCAAUUAAGUCAGGUCGAAGCCGACUAAAGGUCGCAUUUGUUUAUGAAUAUUGCUGAAGUUGAAAUAAUUGAAUUGUAUUUUCAGUCUUGAUAAUAAAUUUAAUAAUGGUUCUGUAUGCUAUAUAUACUCAUUUUUUUCUUUUAUGCGGUUUUGGACACAUUUCUAAAAAUACAAAAGUCAAAUAUAAAUUUAAAUAAAAGUUUCUUCGCUUGCAACCAAAACCUGUUCGCUAUUAAAAUACGUUGUUUCCAUGCAUUGUUUUAAUGUUUUUGAAACGUUGCGUUACAGUUUAGUAGGACUGGAAACUAAAUCGGAUUUUGAACGAUGUGAAUUAAGCGUAAAACACCACGAGUUGUUGAUGUGUUUUAAAAUGAAAUCAGGACAAAUAUAAGGACAAAAUACGUUGGAAAUAUUACAUUAUUUAUAUAUAGUUAAAAGAGACGGUGAAUGGUUGCGGGACAAUUGGGUUAUUAUUAUUCAGGAUUGUGCAACUUGUAAGUUUAUAUUGGAAUGGAGUAUCUCUUAUACACACUGGUAUUUGUUUAUAUUGAUAACUAUAUUAUUAUACGUAAUAUAUGUAAUUGAUAUCUCUUUAAUAGGAUUUGAAUAAAGUUUAACUUUCAUACGAAUCGGCAAAUAUCCAUACAAGAGAAUAAACAAAAGGUUCCUAAACGCUACAGGUUGUUUCACCAUUCAAAUCAAGGAGAAUUAUAUUAUUUAUUUAUUAUAUUUAUUUAGGCUUGACAAUUGUUACCAUAUGUUCCUCUACAGAGAACAUAUAUGGUAACAAUUGUCAAGCCUAAAUAUAUAUUCAUCGUCAUUUGUUUAUUGGUAAUAAUGAAUGAAGCGAAAAAGGCAAGAACUAUUGCUAAAUCAUAAUUUACCCGUAGUGCUAAAUCCAUCCAACGGCUAAUCGAACAAGGACGGCCCGAACCGGAAGUUGUCAAAGCAGGUGGCAUAUUUGAAACAGCCUAUGAGAGAGUACUAUCUAAGCAUGAAGUGUUUGCAAUACUUGUAGAAGAAGAGGAUUAUGAACAGGAAGAAGAAUGGAUGGAAGAUGUGUCAAAAGAAUAUGAUGCUAUUUGUAUAAUAAAUGAUUAUAAAAUAACGACAUUCGUUCCCAGAGAACAAUUUCUCGAAGUGCUGACAACAAAGGCUCAGUAA